UGUCUGUGUGUGUGUGUGUGUGUGUGUGUGUGUGUGUGUGUGCAGAGAGCGGCUCUCCUCCCUCCUCCUCCCCCAUAUCUCCGCUCCUCCCACCACGCAGUCACAGCUCUGAUCCAGGGUCAUCCGUGCGCCGGCUGCAGCCGUCCCUCUCGCUAUGGCCGGGCCACUACUCGCGGGGGUCGCCUGCCUCCUCGCCCUGUCCGAGGCCACGUCCUUCCUGACACACCAACGAGCCGCGCAAUUUCUCAUCAGACAACGGCGAGCAAAUGUCAUCUUCGAGGAACGCAAACAGGGCAGCCUGGAGCGGGAAUGCAUCGAGGAAUAUUGUGACAAGGAGGAAGCGAGGGAAGUGUUUGAGAACAACCUGGAAACGGAGUACUUUUACCCCAGGUACCUCGACUGCCUCAGCCGCCACCGGUUCCGCACUCCGAGCAUGGUCUUCCCCCCUAGACGGCCCUCUGCCGCCCUGCAGAACUGCAUUAAAGAAAUUCCAGACCAGUGCUCCAACUCUCCGUGUUAUCGUCAAGGAUCUGUCCGGUGCGUGGACGGGCUGGCUGCCUUCCAAUGUAUCUGUAAAGAAGGCUGGCAGGGAGAGACGUGCAACGAAGAUAUUGAUGAGUGCGGGCUGGAGGAGAGAGUGUGUUCCCACUCCUGCCAUAACCUGCCCGGGAGUUACCGCUGCUUCUGCCAGGAUGGCUACAGCAUGUAUUCAGACAAGAAGACCUGCAUUGAUCGGAACGAAUGUUUACGGAACCAGCACAUUUGUGGGAAAGCUUCUUGCAUCAACAUGCCGGGAAGCUACGAGUGUGAAUGCAACAAAGGUUUCAUGUUCAAUUUCACCCAGAAGGAGUGCGAGGGUAAGAGUUUCCACACGUUGGUCUGA